AUGUCCGCGGAGCCUGAGCGACUCUUCUCAGGUGGGAGAAGGACCGUCUCAUGGACACGGUGUCGCCUCUCCGCGUUCACAAUUGAGAUGCUCGAGUGUGUCACGCAUUGGAUCAAGAACGGCCUUGACGAGCCAGUCGAGGGUGAAGAGGACGAGGAUAUCUUCGAGCCGUCACCCGAGGAGCUCGCACAGGUGGAGGCGGAUUGGGACGAGCUAACCACCGGCAAUCUCGCUGAGCAUGUUCGCAGAUUCGCCCUAGACGAAGAUCUAGAUGGCACGGUCAGCCGUGCGGAGCUCUUCGCAAUGGACGCUAUCCCGCUUGUAGGUCAAGACGAGGACAGCGACAUGUUCAAUAGCGAGAGGGACUCGGAUGAGGUAUACGACGUGGACAAAGACGUGUGCGACGAUCUGGACGAAGAAGAGUAA